AUGAAGCUUCCUCAAGGUCUCACAGUUGUAUCCUCUUCACAGUCUGGCUCUCCUCUGGUUUGUAGACUGCAGAAAUAUCUAUGGCUUAAGACAAGCUUCUACGCAAUGAGAUCAACUUCAUCUACUGUGUUUCUUAAUGUUUAUGUAGAUGACAUUAUUCUUACCGGUGAUGAUCCUCAAGAGAUUUCUUCUCUAAAGAUGUUCUUAGAUGAACAAUUUAAAAUCAAAGACUUAGGGUUUCGUAACUAUUUUUUGGGUAUUGAAAUCUUGUAUGAUACAUCUGGGGUGCUUCUUCAUCAUAAGAAGUUUUAUUUCGAGCUAAUCACUGAAUAUGGUUGUUCUGCUGCUUCUGUUGUAAUUUCUCCUCUUGAACUAUGUGUCAAACUUAGAUCUGAUGUUGGGGAAUUGCUACCCAAGCUUGAAUCCUAUUGA